CCGAAAUGUUUCACUGGAUUAUUUCAUUGGAAUAUUCCCAUUUGCAAACCACCCUAUAUAUUGUGGCCACUGUGUGAUUUGACAUGUGGCGCAAAGGUCUGUCUAGUGUUCGACGCGUCGUUAGCCGCAAGGCUCCUCGUGGAGCCAUAUUUGCCCUUCCGCUAGCUGGCGCUUCCGGCAAUUCCUCCACGAACAUCGUCGGAAUAUCUGCGCUCUUGAGCGCCGUGGCGUUCAGUUCGGUUGCCGCGACCACGAAAAACGACUCGGUGAACAAGUGGGACUUGCCAGACAAGUCGCAGUGCUCUGUCGAAGACUUCUUGUAUCCGACCAUCGAACCGUAUUCCACUGGGCGUUUGCAAGUAUCCAAGACCCACUCGUUGUACUACGAAGAAAGCGGGAAUCCCAACGGCAAGCCCGUCAUCCUCGUGCACGGCGGACCUGGCGGAGGGUGCACCCCGGUCAUGAAUCGAUUCCACGACCCAGCCGUGUACCGCAUCAUCGCGUUGGACCAGCGCGGGUCCGGCCGCAGCCUCCCGCACGCGUCGCUCGAGGACAACACGACGUGGCACUUGAUUUCCGACAUGGAGGCACUGCGAGAGCAUUUAAACAUUGACAAGUGGCAAGUGUUUGGCGGGUCCUGGGGCAGCACCUUGUCGACGGCAUAUGCGGAAACGCACCCGACACGCGUGACCGAGUUGGUCUUGCGUGGCAUUUUCCACCUCCGCGACAAAGAAGUCCAAUUUUACUAUCAGAGCGGCGCCAACUUUUUGUACCCGGAUCGAUGGGAAGCCUAUCGCGACGCCAUCCCCGAGGACGAACGCCACGACUUCCUCACGGCAUACCACAAGCGCCUGACGAGUCCGGACGAAAGCGUCCGGCUGGCGGCUGCGCUGGCGUGGACGACGUGGGAGCUGUCCACGAGCAACCUCAAGCCCCCCGUGGAUGCCGUCGACAAGUCCAUGAAGAACGCGCGGUUCGCGGAAGCCUUUGCCCGCAUCGAGAACCAUUACUUUGUGAACAAGGGCUUUUUCCCCACGCCAAACUUUUUGAUCGACCAAGUGCACAAGAUUCGGCACAUCCCCACCGUGAUCGUGCAAGGCCGCUAUGACGUGGUGUGCCCGAUGGUCACGGCGUGGGAAUUCCACAAGGCGUUCCCCGAAGCCGACUUGCGCGUCGUGCAAACCGCGGGCCAUUCCGCCGGCGAGCCCGGGAUUGCGGCCGAAUUGGUGCGCGCCACCGACCAGUUCAAGCCCUAGUAGUACUAGUAGUACUAUUAGUACAGUGUAACGUUACCUGUGUUGUUAUGUGGCAUCUAUACUAGAUGUGCAUGAUUGGUACUUUGCCGUUUUUCCGACUUGUCCCUAUUACUAUGGUGCACUCCAUCUAUAAAAC